GACCACAACCGAUUGACCAUCCCGACUCCCGACAACCUGCGGGAGAUGCGCCAAGCGACAUCGCUCUUCCGCUCUAUAUACAGGAUGUUCCAGAAGAAGCUUUGCACGGCGCAGCCUGCGGGUGCGGGGCAACCUGCUUCGUCUUCGGCCAUUGUGCCAGGAUCUCCAGUGGCCACGAGUGCAAACAGCAACAUCGCAGCAGAUAUGGCUGCCAGCUCAGUGGAGCUGGGGGAGCCUCAGACGUUGUCCUUAGAGGCUCUCGCGACUCCUUUUGAAGACUUGAAGAUGCCAAGGAUCAAGAACGACCUAAUCAAGCAUGAGCAUCGUGCCAAGUUUGCGGAGCACCACCGAGCUUGGCUUCGAUUCGAUGCUUACUCUCGGGUGGCAAUGGCCCUGGGCAUCAACCAGAUGCUGCAAUCGAUGUCGUACUUCAUUGCCGGGCCGGUGCAAAAGCACAGGCCUAGCUUUGCCUUGAUCACCGUGAUUGGAGUUCAG